UCAGGGAUAGGCAAUAAGAAUUAAUUUCUCCAGGACCAUACUGCCAUUUCAAAAGCUAAUGUUUACUACUUUUCCUAUAUUAUACAGGUAGUAAGCAUUAAUAAUGUCUUUCAUCUUUGAGUGGAUCUACAAUGGCUUCAGCAGUGUGCUCCAGUUCCUAGGACUCUACAAGAAAUCUGGAAAACUUGUAUUUUUGGGUUUGGACAAUGCAGGCAAAACCACUCUUCUUCACAUGCUCAAAGAUGACAGAUUGGGCCAACAUGUUCCAACACUACAUCCAACAUCAGAAGAGCUGACGAUUGCUGGGAUGACUUUUACGACAUUUGACCUUGGUGGGCAUGAGCAAGCACGUCGGGUUUGGAAAAAUUAUCUCCCAGCAAUUAAUGGGAUUGUCUUUCUGGUGGACUGUGCAGAUCACUCUCGCCUCAUGGAAUCCAAAGUUGAACUUAAUGCUUUAAUGACUGAUGAAACAAUAUCCAAUGUGCCAAUCCUUAUUUUGGGUAACAAAAUUGACAGAACAGAUGCAAUCAGUGAAGAAAAACUCCGAGAGAUAUUUGGGCUUUAUGGACAGACCACAGGAAAGGGGAAUGUGACCCUGAAGGAGCUGAACGCCCGCCCCAUGGAAGUGUUCAUGUGCAGUGUGCUCAAGAGACAAGGCUACGGCGAGGGUUUCCGCUGGCUUUCCCAGUAUAUUGACUGAUGUUUGGACAGUGAAAAUAAAAGAGUUUUACUUCUCUGGACUGAUCCUAUUCACAGCUUCAUCAUGAACUUUUCUAAUAGAACAAGGAAAGCUCUCCAACCAUGUCUGGCGUUGAGAGUCAAGCCAAGAGUCCUUGUCAGCUCUCAUUCACCCAGUGGUGACAUGUGCUCUUCACACUGUUGGGAGGUAACGCUGCCCCACGUGCUGGUGCAGGUCAGUAUCUGGGGACUUGGAAGCUGGCAGGAUUUGCCACGUAAAGCUGUGUGCCAUUCUGGGGCACCUGAAAAGAAAAACACGUCUCACCACUGUGGUUGAUUUCAAAAGAAAGUGAUUCUAUUUUUUAAAGAAAGUGUUAAUGUAAUUGGUAUCCCUCCUAACUUUUUGAGUUCACAAUUUACUUGGUCCAGAGUUUACUAUUCUUUCUUUUUUUUUUUUUUUAAUUAGUGAAUGGCAUUUAGAUACUUUAUAAUAUUAUGAGCAGAUAAACGUUGGAAGCCAGAGCUCAGCUGGUUGAGCUUACUCUUCCCAAGUUAGCUGGUUGAUGAGACAAGCUCCUCUGAGCUCCUCUGUCUCUGUAGCUGCCUUGUGAUAGGUGACAUCACUCGUGCACAGAGACCAGAAAAGGGUCAGAACCUGGCCUUGCAGCUGCGGCAGGUUUCCACUGUGGUGUGCUGGGGUCCUUCCUCAUCAUGGAAUGCAGCAGAUUGUUCACUAUGGAGGAAUUCAUUGUAGAUGGGUGAUCGUUAUUAUUUUUACUUACAGUUGCAAAUAUCAGUCGGUCUUUGCUUUUAUACGGUUGUGAAAUUUCAUUUCUCUCUGUUGUACCUUUCUCAGUUAUAAAAUGUGACUUUCGCCUCAUUAAAAGAGUUGAGAACAUCUGCCAUGUUGUCGCAUGCUGCAGGUGUGUCUCAGCCCCUUUUGCACAGAUUCUGGGAGAAGAUUUUCUGAAUAGGACAACAGUACAAAAUUAACAGCUUAAUGGCUCUUAAUUCUGUGAGUUGAGGGCCUAAAACUCUGAUAUUAGAGCACAUGUUGGAAUCUACAAAAGAUUUAGUCACUGGGUUUUAAAAUUUCCAUUUGGAGAAUUUGAUCUCUAUUGGGCUGUUGAUGAAGCUCUGUCUUUUUCUUAAAUCUUUUCUCCUUAUCAGUUAUCUAUUUUGUUGAUGGUUAAAGGUUAACAUCUAUAGCUUUUAUAGAUUUUUUUAAUGUGGCAUUGCCUUUUUCCCAUCCCAGAAUUAAGCUAGGAGAAACACUAACCCAAGACCCUUCUGUAGAGCUGUUUGUUUGGAGGCAGCAGAGUAAAAGCAUCAGCAUCCCCAACAAGGUGGUCAGGAUCAUUUUUAUAGCAUUCCAUUUUCGUAGUGCCAUGUGGGAAAUUGGAUUUUUAUGAUCUUAACUUACAUUCUACCUUUGCAGGAAGAGAUAAAAGGAUAUAGGAGAUGGCUUUGAGAUGAGAGGAUAUCUUUAUCCGUUUGUUCCUUUAAUAAAAGGAAACUAUAAAUUUCCUCAACCUUGAAAAUUGUGAUGAUGAUGCUUCCUUGCAGGUGACUGAUCUGAAGUCAGUGGGUCCCUUGUUCUAAAGUGAGGGUAGAGAAAGUGUUGGAUAACACAUCCUUGGGGUGAGAGACAGUCAUUCUUGAGUUAGAUCCUCAUUCUUAGUUUUCUGUACUGACCUUUGGGAAAGCAUACUUUUUCACUGCCAGGUACCAAAAGCAGAGAUUCAGUAAAGU